AUGAAUCUUCUCACAUACAAUAUAAGAGGUGGGGGUGCUCUCUCAAAGAGGAAGAGAGUUAGCUUUUUGUUACAAUCUCUUAAGAUAGAUAUUUGUCUUUUGCAAGAAACCAAAAUUCCGUGUUUUAGCGAUUCAUUGGCUAAGAGUUUCUGGGGUGAAAAUGGCGUUGAAUGGACUGCUUCUAACUCUGUUGGAGCGGCUGGUGGUAUGGUUAUUCUUUGGAAGAAGGACUCUUUAUCUCUUAACUAUAGCUUUAUAGGAAAAGGGUUUGUGGGUAUCAAUUUCGUAUGGAAAGGUGUUUGUUGUAAUGUAGUGAAUGUGUAUGCUCCGUGUAAUGAGUUGGAAAGAAGGCUAGUUUGGAAAUCGUUAUUGGAAAGGAAAAUCAAUCAUGGUAGUGAGGAGUGGUGUGUGGUGGGGGAUUUCAAUGAAAUUGUGAGAAAGGAGGAAAGAAUGGGGGAAGGUUCUUUUUAUAAUACUAGAGGGAUGACGGAGUUUCAGGAUUUUAUUGAGAAUAUGGAUUUGGUGGAUAUUCCGUGUGUAGGAGGAAAGUACACUUAG